CAAGUCCGAGUUCAUCAACUUAGCCACGGAAAGGAGCCACUGAGAAAUAUUGCAGAGGAACUUCUGCCACGGGGACUCUGCAGCUGCGACCUAGCCAUCUGCUUUAAAAGAUAAAGAAGAGAAAACACUCAAACAUGGUUUGCUUGUGGUUCCUAUCUCUUCUUACUUAUGGACUUACAGUGCUGCAGGGGGUGAAUGGUUGGACAUACCAUUAUUCAGACAGAAACAUGACCUACAGGGAAGCAGAGGAGUGGUGCAAAAAGAGGUAUACUAACAUGGUUGCCAUUCAGAAUAAGGAGGAAAUCAACUAUCUCAAUAACUUCUUACCCUAUAAUCCGGGUUACUACUGGAUUGGAAUCAGAAAAAUUAAUGAUGUGUGGACCUGGGUUGGAACUAACAAAGAACUGACAGAAGAAGCGAGAAACUGGGCUUCAGGUGAGCCAAAUGGCAAAGGGAACAACGAGGACUGUGUGGAAAUCUACAUCAAAAGAGGGAAGGAUGAUGGCAAAUGGAAUGAUGAACAGUGUGAGAAAAAGAAGGUCGCCUUGUGCUACACAGCUUCUUGCAACCCAUCUCUCUGCAGUGGCCGUGGAGAAUGUAUAGAGACUAUUAACAGUCACACCUGCCAUUGUAACCCUGGGUUCUAUGGCCCUGAAUGCGAGUUUGUUGAGAGUUGUGAUCCACUGAGGAAACCUGAGCACGGGAGCCUCGAGUGCAACCAUCCAUUGGGGAACUUCAGCUACAACUCAUCCUGCACAGUUCAGUGUGAGGAAGGCUAUGAACUGACUGCACUGGAAUCUGUACACUGCACCUCCUCUGGGGUCUGGUCUGCCCCCCUUGCAGCAUGCAAAGCUGUGACCUGUCCUGCCUUGGAGAUGCCUGCCCACGGUGCUGUGAACUGCUCCCAUCCCUCUCUGGAGCUCACCUGGGGUACCAUCUGCGAGUUCACCUGUGAGGAAGGCUUUACCCUGACAGGACCAGCCACACUGCAGUGUGGGUCUUCUGGGGCCUGGGACAGGCAGCAGCCAUCCUGUGCAGCUGUGAGGUGUGAGGCUGUAAGCUGGCCAGAAGAAGGGUCUGUGACCUGUGAUCCUGCAGAUCUCACCUAUGGCUCACGCUGUGAGUUCCACUGCAAUGAGGGCUACGUUGUGGAUGGCCCAUCCAGCACUGAGUGCACGGCACAGGGGCAGUGGUCAGAGCCAGUGCCAAGAUGCAAAGCUAUGACCUGUCCUGCCUUGGAAAUGCCUGCCCAUGGUGCUGUGAACUGCUCCCAUCCCUCUCUGGAGCUCACCUGGGGUACCAUCUGCGAGUUCACCUGUGAGGAAGGCUUUACCCUGACAGGACCAGCCACACUACAGUGUGGGUCUUCUGGGGCCUGGGACAGGCAGCAGCCAUCCUGUGCAGCUGUGAGGUGUGAGGCUGUAAGCUGGCCAGAAGAAGGGUCUGUGACCUGUGAUCCUGCAGAUCUCACCUAUGGCUCACGCUGUGAGUUCCACUGCAAUGAGGGCUACGUUGUGGAUGGCCCAUCCAGCACUGAGUGCACGGCACAGGGACAGUGGUCAGAGCCAGUGCCAAAAUGCAAAGUUGUACAGUGUGAACCACUGAGCUCUCCUGAGAAAGGCUCUAUGGAUUGCUCACAUGGUGCUGGGAUGUUCACAUACAACACCUCCUGCCACUUCAGCUGUCUUGAGGGAUGGAAUCUCAAUGGCUCUCAUAUUCUGGAGUGCAGUCACUCAGGAGCCUGGAGUGCCAGCCUACCCACAUGUGAAGCUCCUGAGCUAGUCAGCUACGUCUCUGUGGGCAUAGCAGCCACAUCUGCCUCCCUGCUGUCCACGGCAUCAUUCCUCCUUUGGCUUGCAAAACGCUUCCGGAGAAAAGCAAAGAAAUUUAUUCCCUUCAGUAACCAGCAUGAAACAGCCACUGAAGGUAUUUUCCAAAGUGCUGGCCAGAAUGUCUAGCUCAGGUGUUUCAGGAAUGGAAGCCACCUUUGUCUCAGAUUUCUGGAAAAUGAAGCUGCAUGCAAAUCAGCAGCUGUCCAGAUGUUUUUACCUCUUGCAAUACAAAAGACCUUGUGUAUUUGCUCAGAAAUUUUGAGCUCAAGCUGUCGGGUAUUUCCACUGAAGACAAGCAGAGAGUAAAACUCUGGCCUUCUGGCAAAAUACUGUCUACAUUCAGUCAUGUAGUUAUGAUAACUGUGAGCUUGCCAUGUCCUGUCCAGAUGGUGAGCAAAGAGUGUGCUGCUGCCUAAAGAGGAGGCUGGUUCCUCCUCUGCUCCACUCAAAGGUACCGAGGUGAAGACAUGCAUUAUUUCACAUCACUUACUACACUGCUGGAGGUGUCUUCUCUGGAGUCAUAUGGGUUAUGCUGGCAGAAACAGAAUAAUCAGUAUGAAAAAGUAUUCAUUGAAUGGCUUUGAAACCAUUGAUCCUGGUUUUUGGAAGUCAGUUUAAGAGGAUGUCCCAGUCAAUAAAUGUACCUGUGCAGAUAUUGGCAAUUAUUUGGGUUUCUGCUGCAUAUCCCAAAAAACUUAGAGACUUUAAACCCACUGGUUUGGUUUUUUUGGUUUUUCUAAUAAUAGCACUAGGAACCAUAGUGCUUAUACAAGGUACUCUGGUUUCUGAAGGCAGCAGGUAGAUCUGAAAUUAUCUCAUCCCUGUGGGAUUAUGCACUGUAAUACAUGUAUAUACAUAUGUAUUUAAUUUUUAACUUUUACUGAGGAUGUUUCUGUGCUGUUAACUGUAAUGUAAAAUACUUGUUCUUGAGUAGGUCUGUGGCCAUUGAUCUUGGCCCAAGUAAUUUUAAAAUAAAUUGGAGGUGUUUGUAUGGAUUUCGUGCCUGCAUACUAUUUGCAAAUAAAAUGGGAGCCUGAGAUUUGUAUGUCUAGAAAGUCUUUCUUAAAUUAUGUUUAAGUUAUGAUUAUAAAUUAAAAAUCUCUGAUUUAAUCUGAUAUGUAUUGUCCUGUUUGUAACAUUAUUUAAUAAAAUAUUUUCAACGUAA